UCAACUGUACUCUCGCCAAUUUCCCCGGGACCCGAAAGGCCCCUAACGCUGUGUAUAACAACAGCAAUACGCCAAAAUAAGAAAUAACUUCUCUCUGUUUGUGUCGUUGUUAAAUUAACGCAGGAUAUUAACGACUAUUAGCCAGCUUUAGCUCUAGCUCUACUUUGAACGCCUCUUCAGACUUUGCAUUAGACGGAAGACGAGUGACGCUUUCAGCGCACUGUUGACGCAUCGACGUAAUAGACGAUCUCCGUGCUCGGUCAGCUGACCUCGGAAUGUACAUGUUACAAAACAUUAGAAAGUAGCCUGUAGUGGUGUCAUUAGAAAGCAGAGACAGAGGAGCGUGUCGCCAGCCUCAUAACUUGGUUUACCUGAAUGUAGUGACUGGAAUAUGUCAACCAAUGGAUCCUGCUACGACCACAGCUGCGCAGCUGCAGAACGACUGUGAGACAGAGUCAAGUUCAGUCUGGAGUUGGUGGCCUUCCUGGCGUCCAACCUCCAUGUCCCUUUUGAAGACUACAGAGUCCAAGAUUCUGGCUUGUAUUCAGAAAGACCUAUGGGCUAGGUUUGUGACCCUACCAAACCAGGAUCGAAUAUGGACUCUGACCCUCACCAACAAGGUGGUGCGCAAACCUGCAGAAAAAGUCCCAAAGACUCCCCUGGUGAUGGUCCACGGCUUUGGAGGAGGGGUAGGCCUGUGGAUCAGGAACUUAGAGGCGCUGAGUCGAUCGCGGCCUGUUUACGCGUUUGACCUCCUGGGCUUCGGCAGGAGCUCCAGGCCUCCCUUCCCCUCAGAUGCUGCCAAAGCAGAGGAGCAGUUUGUCAACUCGAUCGAGCAGUGGAGGCAGUCUGUAGGCCUGGAGAACAUGAUUCUGCUGGGACACAGUCUGGGGGGGUACCUGGCUGCCUCCUACGCCAUCCAGUACCCUUCAAGAGUUUCACAUCUUAUCCUGGUCGACCCCUGGGGUUUCCCCGAGCGACCCCAGACCCAGACCCAAGAGGAUGAAGGUCAGGGGACUCAGGUGGUGAAGAGGCCGCCCCUUCCGCGCUGGGUAAAAGCUAUUGCAGCAGUGGUUUCCCUCUUCAACCCACUGGCUGUCAUCAGAGCAGCAGGCCCGUGGGGUCCGGGCUUGGUGAACAGAUUCCGUCCUGAUUUCAAAAGGAAAUUUGAAGAUCUGUUUGACGAUGACACUAUGACGCAGUACAUCUACCACUGUAACGCACAAACCCCAAGUGGUGAGGUGGGUUUCCGGGCCAUGGCAGAGUCUCUGGGCUGGGCUAAGAGGCCCAUGCUGCAGCGGGUUCACCUGCUGCCCCCCACCAUGCCCCUCACCAUGCUGUAUGGAGCACGAUCCUGGGUGGCCAGCUCGUCUGGGGACAGAGUGGUCCAGAUCAGGGACCAGGCCAACACUGAAGUUCUGCUGAUAAAUGAAGCCUCUCACCACGUGUACGCUGAUCAACCAGAGGAGUUCAACAGAGUGGUGGAAAGUAUAUGUGACUCUGUUGACUGACCGCCAUAGUGUGUGUGUUUGUGUGUCUGUGGGUGGGUGUGUGUGUGUGUGUGUGUGUGUGUGUGUGUGUGUGUGUGUGUGUGUGUGUGCGUGCGUGUGUGUUAAAGGACUGGAAGUAUACAGACAAUUCAUGCAGGUUUUUAGCAUUGAAACGUUUGCAUGUGAAGCAUGCGGGAUGGGUUUGCGUUUGGGGCAUAUCUAGAGAUGUAGCUCAACAUGAGUUUGAAUGUAAUUUGUUAUUAUUGAUAUUAUUGUAGUAAAUCUCUCUUGUCAUUUAUCAGCUGAUAUAAGCUUCUUUCAUUUAAGUGUUGUUAGCAAACGAUUUAUUUAUAUAAUGAUUUUGUUUGUCGCUGUGUUCAUACAGAGUAAUGAGUAAACCACUUAAGUCAGUGCUAAAUUAUGUUGUUACAUUUUAACAGUAAGUGAAACACGCGCACCACACUGGAUGCACUGGGUUUAUGUGUUGCAGAGCAGCCACAGGGCUACAGAUUGACACUUUUUACAUGUGCCUGACAUGAACACUAAGUACUGUAUGAGCUUUUUUUGUUUCUUUGAUCCUUGCUUUUCUCUUACAUCUUUCCCACAGUAUCAAACAGCUGUUUGUAUUUUAUACUAUGAAAACAAUAAAAGCUUAUUUGACAAAA